CCCAUAAAAAAUGCAAUCCCUAUUCCCUUGCCUGGUGAAAGUGAAACUGGUGAAGCUGCUUUGUUGAAGGUGAAAUUGAGCUGCAAUUUCUGCAACCAGCCUCAUCCAAAUCCUCGAAAAACUAAAUCAUCAUCCACCAAAUAAAUCAAAUCUUGGGAAAAGAAAGGGAAAAAUCCCUAUCCUCCAAGUACUUAAAUCAAAGAUGCCCGUUUUUAAAACCCCGUUCAACGGCUACUCCGUUAGGUUUUCCCCCUUUUACGAGUCCCGUUUAGCCGUAGCGACUGCCCAAAACUUCGGCAUAUUAGGCAACGGCCGUGUCCACGUCAUCGACCUCUCCCCAACGUCGCCAAUCAUCAACGAGCUAAUCGCCUUCGACACCGCUGAUGGAGUCUACGACGUCGCGUGGUCCGAAUCGCAUGACUCCGUCCUCGUUGCCGCCAUCGCUGACGGCUCUAUCAAGGUAUACGAUACCGCCCUCCCUCCUCACUCCAACCCUCUCCGCUCCCUCAAAGAACACGCCCGUGAAGUCCACGGUCUCGAUUACAACCCCACGCGGCGCGACUCGUUCCUCUCCGCUUCCUGGGACGAUUCCGUCAAGCUGUGGACCCUCGACCGCCCCGCUUCCCUUCGCACUUUCAGGGAACACGCGUAUUGCGUGUAUUCCGUUGCGUGGAACCCCAAACACGCCGACGUUUUUGCCUCGGCUUCCGGUGACUGUACGGUAAGAAUAUGGGACGUUAGGGAACCCGGCUCAACGAUGAUAAUCCCAGGUCACGAAAACGAAAUCUUGUCAUGUGAUUGGAAUAAAUACGAUGAUUGUUUGAUUGCCAGUGCAAGUGUAGAUAAGAGUAUCAAAAUCUGGGAUGUCAGGAACUAUAGAAUGCCUGUUUCGGUUCUUAACGGUCAUGGUUAUGCUGUUAGGAAAAUUAAGUUUUCGCCGCAUAGAAGGAAUUUGAUUGUGUCUUGUUCGUAUGAUAUGACGGUUUGUUUGUGGGAUUUUAUGGUGGAAGAUGCACUUGUUGGAAGGUAUGAUCAUCAUACAGAGUUCGCUGUUGGGGUGGAUCUGAGUGUGCUUGUUGAUGGACUUAUGGCCAGUACUGGCUGGGAUGAGCUUGUUUACGUUUGGCAGCAGGGGAUGGACCCCAAAGCAGCUUAAAAAGAGAAGUCUUUAAAACUUUUCUCUUUUGUUUUUGUUUGGUUUUUGUAUAAUCCAUUUUCAUAAUUUGAGCAAAUACUGGAAUGGUUCACUUUUGAAUCGGUAGAAACUGAUGAAUGAAUGAAUGAUUUAUUUGGAAA